AUGAAGUUUUCCGCCGCCGCCGCCACCCUGGCCGCCCUCGUUGGCACCGCCUCGGCCGGCUCCAAGUCUAGCGACCGCACAUUCGCCGUCCUCCGCUUCAACGGCAAGGAGCUCGUCCGCACCCGUGUUGAUCCCAUCGUCUCCCCCGGACAGCCUGCCUCGCACGUUCACGGUGUCAUGGGAGGAAGCAACUUCGGCAUGUCAGCUACCGGUGACACUCUGGCCCAGUCCAAGUGCUCCAAUGCCAUGAUUGCUGGUGACAACAGUGCCUACUGGUUCCCCUGGCUUUACUUCCAGGAUCCCAAGACCAAGAAGUUCGAGCCGGUUGAGAUGUUCUACGUCAAUGUUUACUACUUCUUCGAGGGUACCGACGACGAGAUCAAGGCCUUCCCCAAGGGUCUUCAGAUCGUCAGCGGUAAUAUGAGUACCAGAGUGGUUCCCUCUACUGGCGGCAAGCAGAACCUCGAGCCCGCCGACGGCCCCGUACAGCCUGUUCAGUGGACCUGCCCUAGAUCCAACUACAACCCUGCCUCUUACCCCAAGAACUCUGAUGGAUCUACCGCUGGUAUUGUUGACCCCAACAACGAGGGCUCUGGUGUAGGUUUCCCUGACCAGAACUGCGACGGCUACGCUUCUCCCCUUCGCGCCGACAUCCACAUGCCUUCUUGCUACAACCCCAACAAGGCCCUCGACGACUACGAGAACAGCAUGACUUGGCCCUCAAACAAGGAUGCCACGGAUAAGCGUCGUGCCAACUGCCCUGCCGGCUACAUCCACGUUCCCCACAUGUUCUUCGAGGUCUACUGGAACACCCCCAAGUUCUCCGACCGCUGGACCCCGGGCCAGGGCACCCAGCCCUUCGUCCUGUCCAACGGUGAUGUUACUGGCUACAGCUCUCACGCCGACUUCAUGGCUGCCUGGGAUACCGAUGUUCUGCAGCAGAUCAUCGACAACUGCAACGCUGGUUCUAGCGGUAUGGACAAGUGCCCCGGUCUGCUCAAGGGUCUCAACACCAACAAGGACUGCACCAUUCCCUCUCCCGUUGAUGAGAAGACCGACGGCAUCUUGGACGCCCUCCCAGGAAGCAACCCUCUUGGCGGCUGGACCUUCGGCGACGUCGUUGGCGGACUCACCGGUGGCAUCAUCGCUAAGCCUUCCUCUGGCGGCGCCUCUGCAUCUGCCGCCGCGUCCGUCAAGCCUUCCGCCGCUUCCGCCAAGGCCAGUGCUUCCAGCGGCGCUGUGAAGCAGGAAGCCAUCCCGGCGGCUUCGGCCACUGCCGUCGCAUCCCAGCUCCCCGUCCAGCAAGCCCCUGAGAAGGAGGUCAGCAGUGCGGCCGUCACUUCCAAGGCAGCCCAGGCGUCAAUUCCUGCCGUCGCUCCCACAAACCCUCUCGGUGAUGCUGUCAAGUCCAACACGGGCUCUUGCAGCCGCAGCACCAAGACUGUUUGGAAGACCGUCACGGUCACUGCCAGCGAGGACUCCCAGGCCGCCGCUACCCCUGCGAGCAACAACAGCGACGGCUACAAGAAGGCCCGUCGUCAUGUUCACGAGCACAUGCGCCGCCGCCACAGCAACCACCACUAA